AAAAUACAAGUCCUCUUUAGCUAUUCCUGAGAAGCUAAUAACAAUAAGUUCAGAGCAUCGGAAGAUUGUGCUCGUGGUGUAUUUAAUUCAUAGCCCGGGUUUGCAGUUCUUUUCCACAGCCAUAAAAUGAAUAUCAAAAUGCCGGAGUUUGAUAUGAAAAAGUUCGUGAAAGGAGCGGGCUCAACUCUGUCCAGGGUGGUGCAGCUCACCGAAGAAAAGCUUGGCACAUCGGAGAAAACGGAAAUGGAUGCAAGAUUCGAACAUUUGAGUGAACGUUCAGAUUCGGCAAAAUUGUGGACGGAAAAGAUUGUCAAAGACACAGAGGCAGCAAUUGUACCUAAUCCGGCAAAUCGAGUAGAAGAUUUUUUAUUCACAAAAAUCGAAAAACAGAAACCCAAACGUUUAUGCAACUUAGAAUACCUUGGACUAGAUAUGAUCGAAGCUGGAGGGGAGUUUGGACAGGAUGGACCUUAUGGCAGCGCACUCAUCAAAGUUGGUCAAGCAGAACAGAAACUCGGAUCUUGCGAAAGAGAUUAUAUCGGUUCCGCUGGAAUGUGUUUCAUCCAACCAUUAAAAAAGUUCCUCGACGGUGAGAUGAAAACUAUCACCAAAGAGAAAGGCAUCCUUGAAAGCAAACGCUUGGAUCUAGAUGCUUGCAAAAACCGCGUACGUAAAGCCCGCAGCAUGAUUGGCCAACAAGCGAAGGACGGAAUUUCGCCAGAAGUGGCGUUAGAGCAGGCUGAAAGGGAUCUUCGAGUAGCACAGUCUGAGUUUGACCGACAGGCAGAGAUAACCAAGUUACUUUUGGAAGGAAUAAGUACUACACAGGCGACCCACCUUCGACACCUUCAUUCGUUUGUCGAGGCACAAGUGCGAUAUUAUGGCCAGUGCAGUAAAAUUAUGUCCGACCUGCAACGAGAACUCGUAAGUCUUGGUGGCCCACAGCCGUAUGUUCCAGUUGCUGGAUAUGAGGAAGAUGCCAUGACUAGCCAGCUGAACAACAUUGAUCUUGGCGUACAUUCCGGAUAUCGCCGAGCUCGAGUCCUGUGUUCGUACGAUGCAAAAGAUGGCACUGAGCUGAACCUUACGUCAAACGAGGUUAUAUUUGUUUGCGAAUGUAAUCCACCGAACUGUGACUACAUGAACGGCAAGCAGGGUCUACUGAAAGGGCUAGUCCCGAAAGCUUUUCUGGAGAUGCUGGAUGAUGAUUAAAAAAUUACCGAAAAUAGUACGAAUAUUUGAGAAAUUUGUUAAAAAUACUAGAGCAAGGAAUUAUUUCAAGCUAUCGAAAACGUCGUACACUAAGCUUUAAUUCAUAUGUACACCCAAGUUUAUGUAUCCUGGCGAUUACAAAGUUUACUGGAUAUGAUUGUGGGAUGAUUUUAUUUCUUGCUCAAAUUGCAAUAUGCUUAGAGUGAGUUGCUCAAAAAAAAAAACUAGAUUUGAUGAUACUUAACUCAGAAUCUCUUAUAGGAUAUAAUUGAGUAAAGAGGCUACUUUUUUCUCUAUUAAAUUUGAUUCAUCACCUGUUCAAAAAUGAAAUUAUUCCCAUGAUAAAACAAUAACAUAAGGGUUUAGUAAGCAACACAGCUAAUCGUUAUAGACACUCCAGGGAUUUGUUUAAAAAUUACAUUUUGAAUUUGCUACACUACAAGGUUAAUCCAAAGAAUUUAACGGCAUCAAAUUCACAGUGAGUAAAACGUUACAGUAAAAAUAAAAUCAUAAGUUAAAUCAUGCACUUCCAUUGCCAUUUAAAACAUUCCUCGCUAAACUUAUAAUGUCAGGAAAAUUUGUUUAUUUGUGUCUCUGUCUCCAUGAGACAUUUAAAGCCGUUUGAAAAAACUUUCGACUCACACAUUAGUAGCAUUAGAAGAAAAGAUAAUAAUUUGCUUUUUCUUGUUUCUUAUGCCCUUUAUCCCGUCGAUAACGUGACUAUAUCGUGUUUACAGACUGUGUGGAUGUAUGAAAAACGGCAAUAUGUUUUUUUAUUUUUCACGCCACAACCUACAACAUCAUUUCGGUCAGACAUACGGAUGCCAUGGUGUCACAAUUAGUUAUCAACGGCUCGCGUUAAGACAUAAUACAACGACUUCUACAUCUUUAAAUCAAAGAAUAUUUCCCAAAAGAGUAAUUUCUAUACUAUGGUAUAUCUAACCCUCUCGUAGAACUAAACAAAUUAAUGCUUGUUGUUAAUAUUUGAAAUAAAACGCUGAAUUGUCGAUAGUAUAUGCAAUAAGUUAACCGAUAGAUUUAGCCUAACCAUAACCAAUAAUACUCCAAACACAAUUUUGUGGUGCGCCUAAAUCCACGAUAAAAAGAGUCAAUUUUGAACAAGUUAUUGUUAAAUGCAUCGUUAAUGUGAGAAUCGACUACAGCUAAAAAAUAAAUGGCACAUUAAUAAAAAUAAUAACGCUUACAAGUU